AUGUCUUCAAAUGCCGAAUUGUUGCAACGCAUUGAACAGUUAUCGGGUGCCAUCAGACAGCAUCAAAUUAAUCAGACUUCCAGUAACAGCACCAGCCAUCGUGGCGGCAGCAUGUAUCGAGGCAGAGGGGCUCAUCGCGGUGCACCCAUUCUGCGCGGCAGCUCAUGGACCCGUGGUGGUGGUCGUGGGGGAACCGUCCAUCGCUCGCUAAACAACACUACCUCUCGUCCAAUACCACCGCGUACACACCACAAGACGCUCGUUCUUAAUCAGCCUCGAUUAACCUCAUCCACUUUACCAUCAACGACAGCAACAACAACAACUACUACUACCACCAAAAAUGCCAGUUACCCCAGUACCAGCAGUUUGUUCACUCAUACCCAACCAACGACCGCAGCACGCUCUCCUGUCAACCCCCGGCAACCCUCUAUACCGCCAUUGAUAGAACCUAAACGUGUUUCCAUCGAUGGUGCCUCUUUUCUCGUAAAAGGCAGAAAGUUGAUUCGGGAAGACAGAUUAGGGGCACGACCGGCGAAAUUGCCUGCCACAGGGUCUCAUGUGCUAGUUUCAAAGCGACUCAUUCACGGACGACGUGAUAACAACAGAAACAUGGUUCUUGGUCAAAUACCCCCGCCAGUACGUCGUAAAAUUGUCAAGAAAGUUAAAGUACAACGAAGCAAGCGUGGUAAUAUGAUUUUGAUGCGCGAACCUGAAGGAUAUGUUCGUCAAGGACGCUCUGGUAAAUCGCUUGUAUUGAAAACAAAACGAACCACAAAGCGUUACUGUGGUAUUUUCACACGAUAUGGCAAAUGCCCCAAGGGCCCCCGGUGCACAUUUUUGCACGAUCCUAACCAUCGCGCCAUCUGUCCUCGAUUUUUGCAAGAUCGGUGCCGUAAAUCAGCGUCUGAGUGUCGAUUAUCGCACACGCCCAACCCGAAUAUCAUGCCCCAUUGUGUGCACUUCCAACGUGGCAGAUGUACUAACUCUGAAUGUAUUUUCAUGCAUGUACGCGUGCGCCCAGAUGCGCCCGUGUGUCGCGCCUUUGCCAUGGAAGGAUAUUGCUCCAAGGGCUUGGAAUGUCGCGAGAAGCAUGUUCACGUAUGCCCGGAGUUUGCAGAAACUGGCAAGUGUUCGAAUGCCAACUGUCGUCUGCCACAUGUUGCUCGACGAUCCGCCACUGAAACGGAGAACAGUAAAUCUGCUGCUGGCGUUGUGCGUCCUGGAAGUUGGGUGAGUGCAGCCUAUUUCCAUGCACAGAAGGAUGCCAAGCGCAAGGCAGCUGAGGAAAAACAGCAAAAGAUGGCCAGUAUGCAAUUACAUUCAGCAAUGCAUCAUAAACAAAAACUACAGCAGCAGCAGCAGCAGAAACAACAACAACACAUUCAACAGGAAGGGUCUGCAAAAGAAGCUGUUACCAAACUAUCUCGAGAAAAGGAAGAAGAAGAAGAAGGGUUUGUACGGCUCUUUGACGAUAGCGACGACGAUGAAGAAGGUUGGGCCCAGUACUCUUCUCGGCCAGAAGAUUCACAAGGAAACAAUGAGCUGCGCUUUAAUGAAAAUGAUGUAGAAGAAGAGAGCGACAGCGAAGAAGAAAUUGAAGAAGAAGAAGAAGCAGAGGGUGGUAGCGGUAGUGGAAGCGAAGACGAUUAUGAAGAAUACGAAAUAGUAGAUGGAGAUGGAGAUACUAUUAUUGUUCAAACAUAA